AUGCCGAGCUCCUGGGUGCUGGUGCUGGCGGUGCUGGGGGGGGCCUGCGCCCUCCCCGCCCGGCCCCCCCUCACCUACACCCAGGCGCUGGCUCAGGCCGUCGACUCCUUCAACCAGCGCCCCGAGGUGCAGAACGUGUUCAGGAUGCUCAGCGCCGACCCCGAGCCCACCCCGGGUGUCGACCUGAGCACGCUGCGGGGACUCAACUUCACCAUAAUGGAGACGGAGUGCGUCUCGAGCGCCCGGGUGAACCCCGACGACUGCGACUUCAAGGAGAACGGGGUCAUCAAGGAGUGCACGGGGCCAGUGCUGUUCCUGCAGAGCUCCCCCGAGAUCGACCUGCGCUGCACCGAUGCCUCCUCCAACCCGGUUCUCAUCCAGCGGGGCCGGUUCGGGCGCUUCCUGAGCAGAAUCCGGCACAUUCGGCCCAGGAUCAGCUUCGACAUCCAGGCCAGGGGCUCCGUCCGCUUCGGCUGAACGAAUAAAGGGGCCCUUCGCGGCCGGCGUGCGUGA